ACAGUCCAAAUAACACCACAAACCUUCAAUCUUUUCAGCAUCCUGUGGUACACUCCAUGGAUUGGUACUCUUGGUUAUCAAAAACUGCUCUUGACCCCUCCCUUAUCUACCAGUAUGGCCUCUCUUUUUCCCGCAAUGAGCUUCAAAGAGAGGACUUAGCAUACUUCAACCAUGAGUUUCUUCAGAGCAUGGGCCUUUCAAUUGCCAAGCACAGGCUCGAGAUUCUCAAGCUCGCCAGGAAAGAAGUUAGCGAACCCCCUAACAGCCUGUCCAAGCUCGUUUUGGCCAUCACCAGAACCAGAAAGUGCUUCAACAAGUAUGUCAACAAGUUGGUCCACCUCGACCAUAUCGCGAUUAAGCCGCUGCCGGAGCCGGUUCGGUGUCGAGAUCAGUGGAAAGGAGGAUUGACAAAGAAGUGCAAGAGUGAGAAGGAGGUUAACAUAGAGCAGCCGGUGCCAAGGGCCAGCAGGAGGGUUGCAAAAUCCGGUCCCUUGGAUUGUAGGGUACAAGAGAAGUUGCUUGCCCCUCCUAGGAGCUUGAAAUUGUCCGGGCCUUUAGACAGGAAAAUGCAGGAGAAAUUGGUGUUGAAUUAUAGGAGUCCUGUAACGUCCGGCCCUACUGAUAUUUCAGUGGCACAAGAGAGGUUGAUGCUCACAAAUAGGAGCCCUAAACUAUCAGCGACCCUUAACAAUGUAAGACCCCCUACCCCAAAGAUUCAGGGUGAGUACAAGGAAAAGACAGGUAGAGACUAUGGUGAUCAGACAUUAUGGGCAGCUAUGUUUCAGGACAUGAAACCCACUUGACUUGACCAGAUCUCUGUCUUAGUUUUGUGUGGAAAGAUAAAUAGGUUAUUAUGUUGUGUCCUUGUAAUCAGAGGGACAAGUCCUACAUGCCUUUUUGCAUGUGAAUCUGGU